AUGUCUCGAGAUACAAAGCUGUGUUUCGUCGACGUGAUCGAGUGGGCAGCGUCUCAAUCAUGGUCAACUGGCAAGGUUGGACUACUCGGCAUCGGUUAUUACGCGGGCAGUCAAUGGCGUGUAGCAGCCAGGCAGCCCCGAGGGUUGGCAUGUAUGAUACCGUGGGAGGGAAUGUCUGAUUACUACCGCGACCGUUGCCGGCAUGGGGGGAUUCUGUCGAACGCUUUCAUUGGCUUCUGGUGGAAUCGCCAGGUCAUUGUCAAUCAGUACGGCCGCCCAGGGAGAGCAGCACGAAAUUGGGGCCCAGCGACCAUCGAAGGCACUCUGUCGGAAGAACAGCUACGCGCCAAUCGCCACGAUCAGAACGUCGACAAUGUCAAGAACAAGUUUCUGGACGACGAACAUUAUGCCAGCAAAGACUCCAACAUGCAGGACAUUAAAGUUCCACUUCUGUCGGUGGGCAACUGGGGUGGCAUUCUUCUCCAUCUCAGGGGGAAUGUCGAAGGCUUCAUGAAUGCCGGAUCCCAGCACAAGUAUCUCCGCUUCAUCACCGGUCGCCAUGACCUUCCAUUCUACACUCAAGAGGGUGUCGGCAUGCAGCGAAGUUUCUUGGAUGCGUUCCUGAAGGACAAUGACACCGCCGGCUGGUCGACUGGGAAGCCUCCAAAAGUCGGCUUCGCGCUUAGGGUCGGAGACGUGGGCUACAACGAUGCCGAAGCCGAGAAAGCAUACCCUACACGAUACGAGAAUUCAUGGCCCAUCCCUGAUACUCACUCUCCCUUUGACGAGACCGAGUUUACCGGUCACAUUGUGGCACAUCUCAAUGUGUCAGUCAGCGCCGUCGACCCAAACAUCACACCAAGCGACAUAGACCUCUUCCUAACUGUCCGACAUCUGAAUCCAGAAGGCAAGGAGAUCUUGUACACCGGCACAGUCGGGGAUCCAGUUCCGGUAACCAAGGGAUGGCUCCGUGCCAGCUUGCGCAAGGUGAACGAAGACAGUCCUCGGCAUCACGCAUGGCACCCGCACCGCGAAUACCUGUCUAGUGAUCACGCACCUCUUGUGCCUGGAGAAAUAUAUCCCGUGGACGUUGAGAUCUGGCCUACGAACGUGGUCCUCCAGAAAAGUGACAGACUGGUGUUCGAGGUCUCCUCCGGCGACACACAAAGCGCCGGACUGUUCGAGCAUACGUCCAAGGAGGAUCAUGCAGAGGCGAUACUCAAGGGGAUGAAUCACAUUCACUUUGGCGAGCAGCACGAGAACUGGCUCCUUAUGCCGCUCAUUCCUCCCCGCGCAGCCGAACCAGGCAAGUAA